CGCGCGCCGCGGCGGGCUGCCGCGGCGCUGGCCAUCGGCCGCGUCGAGCCCCCGGCGCCGACGGCCGGCGCGCCGUUCACGCUCACCGUCCGGGUCGUCGACGCGCGCGGGGCACCCGUCGGCGCGGAGGCCCCGGCCGCGGGACCGGUCGUUGCGAUCGUCUCGGCGGCCGCCGUCGGUCCCGGUGGCCGCGGCGCGCCGCUGCUCGGCGCGCGCACCUCUGCCGCGCGGGGGGACGUCGCCACGUUCGCACCGCUCCGCGUCGAUCGUCCCGGCACAUACGUUCUGCGUGUCGCCGCCGCGGGCCUCGCGGCCGCGGCAGCCCGCGUGACGGUCGCACCGGACCCCCUGGACGCCGCUGUCGGCGCGUCGCCCGGCGGCCGCUGCGCG